GUUUCGAGCUAUGGUCGAUUUGUGUUGUUUUCCCCUUUCUUCCCCGCUUCUUUAAUCCUCCCCUAGUUACGAUCAACCGUGUUUUCUAUCCUUAGAAAAUGCGGUCGUGACAACUUCUGCUACCAAAUGUGGUGAGUCUUUACUAAAAAUUGAUUUACUAUAUCAGUUAAGAGUACAAAACGCUACUAUGAAAUGUCGAUCUACUUCUAUGAAAUCUUGAUGAAUUGUAAAUUUAUGGCUGAAAUUUAGUUUUCUUGGUUAAGUCCUUCUGGUGUUUCUUGAAUCGACGUAUUUGUGAAUUGACUCUUUUUCUUUAUGCUAAGUAUUUUUAGGAUUUUCUUCUUGACAAAGAAUGUUUUCAUUCGUAAAAUUUGUGUGAUUCUUUGGGUAUUUCGUAAUUGUUGUUGUCUUGUAGAUAUAUAGGUUAUUUAAAAUGAUUCGAGUAACCGCCAUAACAGAAUUGUUCUGUUAUACUCCAUAUAAACGGUACUCCACAGUAUUGUUUCAAAAUUUAACACACAGGAUAAGUCUUCAUCGAAUCAAAAUGUGGCGAAUCAGUUACCGGCGGAAAAUGGCCAUCAGUUACUGGCGGCAAAUGGCUUGGUCGGCAACGGAAAUCAGAUACCUGCUGCAAAUGGCGUAUUCCAACCGACGCCAAUGUUCGCGAACGGAAAUCGGAUACCCGCUGCAAACGGCAUGUUCCAACCGGCGCCGAUGUUCGUGAACGGAAAUCAGAUACCAGCGACAAACGGCGUGUUCCAACCGGCGCCGAUGUUCGCGAACGGAAAUAAGAUACCAGCUGCAAACGGCGUGUUCCAACCGGCGCCGAUGUUCCCCAACGAAAAUCAGAUACCAGCGGCAAACGACGUGUUCCAACCGGCGCAGAUGUUCGCCAACGGAAAUCAGAUACCAGCGGCAAACGGCGUUUUCCAACCGGCGCCGAUGUUCGCUAACGGAAAUCACAUACCAGCUGCAAAUGACGUGUUCCAACUGGCGCCGAUGUUUGCCAACGGAAAUCAGAUACCAGCGGCAAACGGCGUGUUCCAACCGGCGCCGAUGUUCGCGAACGGAAAUCAGAUGCCAGCUGCAAACGGCGUGUUCCAACCGGCGCCGAUGUUCGCCAACGGAAAUCAGAUACCAGCGACAUACGACGUGUUCCAACCGGCGCCGAUGUUCGCCAACGGAAAUCAGAUACCAGCUACAAGCGGCGUGUUCCAACCGCCGCCGAUGUUCGCCAAUGGAAAUCAGAUACCGGUUGCAAACGGCGUGUUCCAACCGGCGCCGAUGCUCGCCAACGGAAAUGGAGUUUUUCAGACCGGACUUCUACAACCAAAUGUGGAUAAGUCUUCAUCGAAUCAAAAUGUGGCGAAUCAGUUACCGGCGGAAAAUGGCCAUCAGUUACUGGCGGCAAAUGGCUUGGUCGGCAACCGAAAUCAGAUACCUGCUGCAAAUGGCGUAUUCCAACCGGCGCCAAUGUUCGCGAACGGAAAUCGGAUACCCGCUGCAAACGGCAUGUUCCAACCGGCGCCGAUGUUCGUGAACGGAAAUCAGAUACCAGCGACAAACGGCGUGUUCCAACCGGCGCCGAUGUUCGCGAACGGAAAUAAGAUACCAGCUGCAAACGGCGUGUUCCAACCGGCGCCGAUGUUCCCCAACGAAAAUCAGACACCAGCGGCAAACGACGUGUUCCAACCGGCGCAGAUGUUCGCCAACGGAAAUCAGAUACCAGCGGCGAACGGCGUGUUCCAACCGGCGCCGAUGUUCGCUAACGGAAAUCACAUACCAGCUGCAAAUGACGUGUUCCAACUGGCGCCGAUGUUUGCCAACGGAAAUCAGAUACCAGCGGCAAACGGCGUGUUCCAACCGGCGCCGAUGUUCGCCAGUGGAAAUCAGAUACCAGCGGCAAACGGCGUGUUCCAACCGGCGCCGAUGUUCGCCAAUGGAAAUCAGAUACCAGCUACAAACGGCGUGUUCCAACCGGCGCCGAUGUUCGCCAACGGAAAUCAGAUACCGGUUGCAAACGGCGUGUUCCAACCGGCGCCGAUGCUCGCCAACGGAAAUGGAGUUUUUCAGCCCGGACUUCUACAACCAAAUGUGGAUACGUCUUCAUCGAAUCAAAAUAUGACGAAUCAAUUACCGGCGGAAAAUGGCAAUCAGUUACCGGCGGCAAAUGGCUUGGUCGGCAACGGAAAUCAGAUACCAGCUGCAAAUGGCGUAUUCCAACCGGCGCCAACGUUCGCGAACGAAAAUCAGAUACCAGUUGCAAACGGCGUGUUCCAACCGGCGCCGAUGUUUGCGAAUGGAAAUCAGAUACUAGCUGCAAACGGCGUGUUCCAACCGGCGCCGAUGUUCGCCAACGAAAAUCAGAUACCAGCGGCAAACGGCGUGUUCCAACCGGCGCCGAUGUUCGCCAACGGAAAUGUUGUUGUCUUGUUGAUAUAUAGGUUAUUUAAAAUGAUUCGAGUAACCGCCAUAACAGAAUUGUUCUGUUAUACUCCAUAUAAACGGUACUCCACAGUAUUGUUUCAAAAUUUCAACACACAGGAUACGUCUUCAUCGAAUCAAAAUAUGGCGAAUCAGUUACCGGCGGCAAAUGGCUUGGUCGGCAACGGAAAUCAGAUACCAGCUGCAAAUGGCGUGUUCCAACCGUCGCCGAUGUUCGGCAACGGAAAUGGAGUUUUUCAGCCCGCACUUCUGCAACCAAAUGUGGAUACGUCUUCAUCGAAUCAAAAUAUGACGAAUCAAUUACCGGCGGAAAAUGGCAAUCAGUUACCGGCGGCAAAUGGCUUGGUCGGCAACGGAAAUCAGAUACCAGCUGCAAAUGGCGUAUUCCAACCGGCGCCAAUGUUCGCGAACGGAUAUCAGAUACCAGCUGCAAACGGCGUGUUCCAACCGGCGCCGAUGUUCGCGAAUGAAAAUCGAAUACCAGCGGUAAACGGCGUGUUCCAACCAGCGCCGAUGUUCACGAAGGGAAAUCAGAUACCAGCUGCAAACAGCGUGUUCCAACCGGCGCCGAUGUUCGCCAACGAAAAUCAGACACCAGCGGCAAACGGCGUGUUCCAACCGGCGCAGAUGUUCGCCAACGAAAAUCAGACACCAGCGGCAAGCGGCGUGUUCCAACCAGCGCCGAUGUUCGCCAACGGAAAUCAGAUACCAACGGCAAACGGCAUGUUCCACCCGGCGUCGAUGUUCGCGAACAGAAAUCAGAUACCAUCUGCAAACGGCGUGUUCCAACUGGCACCGAUGUUCGCCAACGGAAAUAAGAUACCAGCUGCAAACGGCGUGUUCCAACCGGCGCCGAUGUUCGCCAACGGAAAUCAGAUACCAGUGGCAAACGGCGUGUUCCAACCGGCGCCGAUGUUCGGCAACGAAAAUGGAGUUUUUCAGCCUGGACUUCUACAACCAAAUGUGAUGAGUCUUUACUAAAAAUUGAUUUACUAUAUCAGUUAAGGUAUAAAACGCUACUAUGAAAUGUCGAUCUACUUCUACGAAAUCUUGAUGAAUUGUAAAUUUAUGGGUGAAAUUUAGUUUUCUUGGUUAAGUCCUUCGAGUGUUUUUUGAAUCGACGUAUUUGUGAAUUGACUCCUUUUCUUUA